AUGAUUGUUGGAUCAUUGAACAUUAGAGGGGGCUGUAGUAUUUUGAAACGUAGGAGGAUUAGCAACAUUAUUAAGAAAGGUCUUGCCGACGUUUUUCUUAUUCAGGAAACGAAGGUUGUUGACAUGAAGGAUGAUAUUGCUAAUAGUUUAUGGAAGAAUGAAGAAGUUGGAUAUUCUUUUAGUAACUCUGUUGGUUUGUCUGGUGGUAUUAUUACCCUUUGGAAAACUGCUUCGGUGUCGGCGUUGAAGAGUUUUUCUGGGACAGGUUUCUUGGGCAUUAAGGUGUUGUGGAAAAAUGACUUGUACUAUGUUAUUAAUGUUUAUUCUUCUUGCGACGUCCACAAGAAAAAACAAUUAUGGAAGGCUUUGGUGAAUCUUAAAGGGAAACUUACGGACGGAGAGUGGAUCGUCGGGGGAGAUUUCAACACCAUAAAGCAUAGUAGAGAAAGGAAAGGGAGAUCCUCAACGGCUAACUUUUCCGAGUGGAAUGCUUUUGCGGACUUCAUUGAUGAUUGCAAUUUGAUCGAUGUUCCAUGCAAAGGAAAAAGAUUAUCUUGGUAUAGUGGAGAUGGGCUUUCGAUGAGUAGAUUAGACUGGUUCCUCGUUGAUAAUUCCAUUGUUAACAAGUGGGGUAUAGUGGGCCAAAAUAUUUGUUCUCGGGAUAUUUCGGACCAUUGUCCUAUUUGGAUAAUCAAGGAUAAGGAAGAUUGGGGGCCGAAACCUUUCAAAGUCAACAAUGAGUGGUUCACCUUCAAGUCGUUCAUUCCCUUUGUUGACAAAUCUUGGAAUGAAGCGGUUGUUGAAGGUAGAAGUGAUUUCGUUCUAAAGGAGAAGCUUCAGAUUCUUAAAGAAAGACUUAGAUGGUGGAAUAGAGAGGUUUUUGGGAGAAUCGAUUUGGAGGUGGAGGAUGAAGUGGAGAAUAUCAAUAAGAGAGACUCUAUUUUAGAGGAGGAUGAAGUAGGGGAUUUGAUUAAUAUCGUGAAAGGUAGGAAAGAGGCUUCUAGUCAGUUUUGGUUGAAUAUGAGAACAUGCUCCUCCAAAAAUCGAGAUUGGCGUGGCUUAAUAAGGGGGAUUCUAAUAGCGGUUAUUUUCAUAAGGCUAUGA